CAGGUGGAGUCCUUGCGUCCAAGGAAUCCAAAACAGGUUUGCUCAGUACAGUUGCUCAGCUGGUCCACCUCACUUCAAAUAUUCACCUGCUUCACUCAGACGCAUCGGAGAGCCCACUAUUGCCUCUGAAGAUGAGUGUUUGCUGCAGGAUGGCCUUAGUGGCUGUCCUAGCCGGACUGGUCUCCGUCGCAGCCAUCCAGAGCGAUACGCACCUCUUUCACGCCCAGUGCGAGUGCCUGUUUCGUGGCCUUGAAGUGGACGACAUACGUGUGCGUUACGCCUAUGAUGGUUUUACUGUCUUGUACUACAACACGAAGAUUAAGAGGUACGUCGCAGUCCAGCCCUUGGCGCAGGCUUGGGUAGACAGGCGGAACGCGGACCACGACUCUGUUGCAUUGGUGCCUCACCGAAUAGAGAGCAUCUGCGAUGAGAUCAAACAGACGAUCAGAUCAAGCAACACCACCCUGGAAAACAAGGCUCCUACUCAUACCAGAGCCUUCAUGCAGAAGAAACGGGGCCAAAUGUACCUGGUGUGCACGGCCAAGAACUUCUUCCCCCGGGACAUUAAAGUGCGUUGGGUCAGAAACGGGAAAGUCGCUGACAAUGGAUCAGAUGUGACCAAUGUUGUCCCUCAAAGUGAUGGGACUUUUCAAGUUAGGAGUGUCCAUCCCCUGGAUGGAGACAGCCAGGGGUACAUCUGUCAGCUGGAACACGAGGCAGUUGAUGGAAAGUUGCAGAUCCCUCUUGAACACAAGGCACUGGUUGAGAACGAAGCUUUGAUCAUUGUUGGAGCUGUUCUGGGGAUACUCGGGCUCUGCGCCAUGGCGGUGACUGGAAUCUUGUACUGCUGCACCUCAGAGGGGGCUAAAGGUCUGAACCUUCAGCAGGCAGCGAAGUUCAACAACCGGGCGGGGCUGUGCCGGUUGAACACAUGCAGUGCGAGCGUGCGGUCCAGUGACUCUGGUGUCUCCAAUUCCAGUGCUAGUUCAGCUGAUGAACUGACGAAACCUUCCUCUUAAGAAUGCGAAGCUGGACUCCGAUGUAUCGGGAACGUUCGAUGAAUUUUAUUUCCAUGAAAAGACCAAUUUCCUGUUUUGAACUUGUCUAAGGGGAAGCUUUCUCCUCGUUGUAUCUCUGUAACAUACAUGGUUUGUUUCUCCCCCCCCCCACUCUCCCCCACCUUUGCGAUUGAGAUGAGUCACUAACAUUGUGCUAUGAAAUCACAUAAUUUCUGAGAAAGCUGCUGUUACAUUUUGAGCCAAGCCUUAUUAUAAACAGACCUUUCGAUCAGGAGUUCAGAUAUUUAACCCAGUUAUGUAAAAGUCAGAAAAAAUAGGAGCUCAUUGCCCUAAAAGUUCCAAUUGUAACAUGAUAACAGAUUCAAGGUUCCAGUGAGUGAACCAGGCAACACAGAUUGUGAGUGAAUAUGUUAACUAUUUAUUAAUACACGGACAGUGAAACACUAAACCAGGCAUUUAGCUAAACAAGUGCUUGUCUGAACUACCCUAAACAACAUAGAACCACAAUAUGAAACACUUAGUAACUCUAUUAGCGAAACGGGUACUCCAAUAAAUCUCCCCAACCAAGCAUGCAACAAAUGAGUACUGUACUAAACAAAAGUGGGGACCUAUCUCUGUCUACAACACUCUUUCCCAAUGGUCCUUCAGUGCUGGUUGAGGCUUCAGCCUGAAACGAGCCCCUAGAGACAGAGGAAAGAGAACGAGUUUCUCACACGAGCUAUUCUUAUACCCCCGAGCCUCCCAGAACCGGAAACCGGUGCCUUGGCGCACAAGGUAAAAAAUGGAAAAGAACUGCCUCAUCCUUUGAAUGGGUGAAUCAAUGACCAGCAUGGCAGAAGCAGCUUUCGACAGGUUAAUAAGCCAACUCCUCUCAUGACACCAAUUGCUGACUAUUCCGUCUUCUAUCCAAACUAACUAAUGUGCCUCGUUAAGAUACUGAGACAGCUUUCUUUGACCGACCCAUGACAGCUACAGACUAAUAAUGUGAGGCUGAACUUCCUACUCUUGGACCAGUCUCUUUGUGAGCGACGGGAGGCCCUUAAAUAGAGCUGGUCAGUACAUGGGUAGGAGGGGUUCUGUGGGACACAUACCAAAUGGGACUAACUUAAUGGGCACUGUGGUUGGUACAGAUGUGUUGGGCCGAAGGGCCUACUUCUGUGCUGUAUUGAUGCGUGACCUCUACUAGUUCAUUGGAUCAAUAAAAAGACAUGGAUGAAAGCUUUCUGAGUGUGAAUUUCUCAUAUCAAUGUAAACCAUGGAACUUGAUGGCUGAAGGGUAAUACCUGUUCCUGAACCUGGUGGUGUGGGGCUUAAGGCUCCUGAAGGUGGUAGAGAGAAGCAAACAUGGCCAAGAUGGUAGGGGUCGCUGAUGCUGGAUGCUCACUGGGUGGUGGCAUGCUGGCCUCCAGCAGUCAGGGAACGCUGUAGAGGAGCAGGGACAUGACGUGCAUUUGUCCAGCGAUCACGACCAGGGUUCGAACCCUACCACUGCCUGCAAGUUCACCCAUGACCGUGUGGGUUUCCUCCAAACGCUCUCGUUUCCUGCCACACUCCAAACACACCGCAGACUGAUGCACUUGAGUUCAAGAGCCACAGGGUGAUGUUGCAGCUAUAUUAAACCCUGGUUCGACCACGCUUGGAAUAGUGUAUUCAGUUCUGAUCUCCUCAUUACAGGAAGGAUAUGGAAGCUUCAGAGGGGGUUCAGGUUGGAUUUACCAGAAUGCUGCCUGGAUUAAAGAGAAUGCCUUAGGGGGAUAGGAUGAACAAAGAAUUAAAAGUGACUUGAUAAAGGUGUUAAAGAUGAUAAGAGGUAUUGAUUGACUGAACAGGAAGAUAACAAUAUUCGAUGGAUUUCAUUAAGAUUCCCCACCUCAUUCUCCUAAACUCCAGCAAGUACAGACCCAGAGCCUUCAAAUGCUCCUGUUACGUUAACCCUUUCAUUCCCAGGAUCAUGCUUGUGAACAACCUUUCAAUCCAAUGCUAACUUUCUUACAUAAGGGGCCCAAAACUACUCACAAUACUUCAAAUAUAGUUUGACCAAGGCCUUUAAAGCCUCCACAUUACAUCCUUGCUUUUAUAUUCUAGCCCUCUGGAAAUGGAUGUUGUUGAAUUUGCCUUCCUUACCAUUCACUCAGCCUUCAAAUUAACCUGGGUAACUGGGACGAGCAGUGGUCUCUCUGGAGUUGGCAAUUUGGACUCACUCAAUGUGUAGUCAAUACCCAGGAAUCAGAAGUCAGAGCUCACUGAGCCAGCACCCCACUCUCCUAGUGUGGGGAACAUCUCAGUGUUUGGGUAAGUUCUUGUGUCAGUCCCCCACUGUCUCUCCACAGUCCGUUUGUAUGUCCGCAAACUAAUUAGGCCAUUUGGCCCCUUUGAAUCUGCUCUGCCACUUCAUCAUGGCGGCUCCACUUUUCCUCUCAGAAGGCAGCAGACUGGGGCUGACAGAAAAUUGAUGAAAUGGUAGAGCAGACUUGAUGGACCAAAUGGCCUAAUUCUGCUCCUAUAUCUUAUGGUCUCAUCCCACUCUCUGCCCUGAGCCCCGUGUCAAAUGAAUCAUACUACCCCACUCUCUCUUCACAGCCUUUUGCCAAACUAAUCCACUGCCCUACUCUCUCCCCACAGCCCUGCGUCAGUCUCCAAACUAAUCCCACUGUCUCCCCACAGUCCUGUGUCAGUCCACAGACUAAUCCCACUAUCCCACUCUCUCCCCACAGUCCUGUGUCAGUCCCCAGACUAAUCCCACUGUCCCACUCUCUCCCCACAGCCCUGGGUCAGUCCCCAAACUAAUCCCACUGUCCCACUCUCUCCCCACAGCCCUGGGUCAGUCCCCAAACUAAUCCACUGCCCUACUCUCUCCCCACAGCCCUAUGUCAGUCCCCAGACUAAUCCCACUGUCCCACUCUCUCCCCACAGCCCUGGGUCAGUCCCCAAACUAAUCCCACUAUCUCCCCACAGUCCUGUGCCAGUCCCCAAACUAAUCCACUGCCCUACUCUCUCCCCACAGCCCUAUGUCAGUCCCCAGACUAAUCCCACUGUCCCACUCUCUCCCCACAGCCCUAUGUCAGCCACGGGGCUUGCACAGACCCGCAUUCUUCCCACAGACCUACGACAGUUACCAGGCUCCCACUGUCCCGCAUUCUCCCCACAGCCCUGCGUUGUUAGUGAAAGUAACUCAAAUAACUGGUCAGACCCCACUUGGAGUUCUGUGCUCAAUUCCGGUCGCCUCACUACAGGAAAGGAUGUGGAAACCACAGAAAGGGUGCAGAGGAGAUUUACAAGGAUGUUAUCUGGAUCGGGGAGCAUGAAUUACGAGGAUAGGUUGAGUGAACUUGGCUUUUUCUCCUUGGAGCGACGGAGGAUGAGAGGUGACCUGAUAGAGGUGUACCAGAUGAUGAGAGGCAUUGAUUAUGUGGAUAGUCAGAGGCUUUUUCCCAGGGCUGAAAUGCCUAGCAUGAGAGGGCACAGUUUGAAGGUGCUUGGAAGCAGUUACAGAGGAGAUGUUAAGGGGGCAAGUUUUUUUUUUACACACAGACAGUGGUGAGUGGGCUGCCGGUGACAGAGGUGGAGGUGGAAACGAAAGGGUCUUUUAAGAGGAUCCUGGAUAGUUACAUGGAGCUUAGAAAAUCCUCACCCUCAGCAGCGUGUGAGUGAGGUGCCCACUCACAGUGCUUGUGAGGUUGUGGGACGACUCCGGGAAGAGGAAGGCCUGCUUUCAGCUCGCACCUCUACUGGGGCAAA